AUGCCUCCUAAGAAGUGGGACGACGAAGAGAGCGACGACAGCAGUUCCUCCGGCUCCCCGGUUGUUGGUACUGGUGCCGCUUCUCGACGCAAGUUUGACGACGAAGAGGACGAUGGCGAUGUUCUAGAUUCAUGGGACGCCGAUGACGACUCCGAGGCCGAGCGUGAGAAGGAGCGCAAGGCUGCCGAGGCCAAGCAGAAGGCUGCUGCCGCCGCUGCCGCUGCAAAGAAACCUAAAGGUCAGCGAAUUGCUGAACACCAGGCCGAGCGUGCACAACAGAGAGCCGGUGCCGCCAAUGUUGAGGAAUAUGAAGAGACAGAGGCCGAGAAGCGCGAGCGACUCCGACGCACCGAACAGGAAGCCGAUCUCGCACACGCCGCCGAUAUGUUUGGAGAUAUUGGUAUCAGCGCCGGUCGUGCCAAGUCCCGUCCUGCUACUGUCGUCGUCGAUUCCAACGACCCAACCAAGACCAUCGACAUUUCCAAACUGCCCCUCUUCCAGCCCAAGACUAAGGCUCAGUUCGAGACUCUCCGCACCACUCUUACUCCUAUCAUCUCAGCCAACUCGAAGAAUGCCCACUACAGCCUGUUUCUUCAGGAUUUCACAAAGGCUCUUGCUAAGGAUAUGCCUAGCGAACAGAUCAAGAAGCUGGCCAGUACGAUGACUGCCCUGGGCAACGAGAAGAUGCGAGAGGAGAAGGCUGCUGAUAAAGGAGGCAAGAAGACAAAGGCUGCCAAAACAAAGACGUCCCUGGUUACCGGUCGCGCGAACGCCGCCGACACAACGACUUACGACGAUGCUGAUGAUUUUGGAGAGUUAGUACCCCUCGAGACAGACGCAGAGACAUUGUACUGA